AUGUUCAACUGUAGGGAGUACAGCUUUGCCUGUACUUGCUAUAUCUGUAGAGGACACAUUCUGAGCCGCUACCUUGCUCUCGGAGUCAUAUUUUAUUUAACACUGCAAUCGUCUGCAAGGUCGAUAUCCUCCAGGUUCUCAAGCAAGACAUCGAGAGCCACUGUUUCCGCCACUAAAUCCAAUGGAGUUUCAAUAAACUACACCACCCCAGACCAAGGGACUUGCGAAACUGCAUUUGACGACCAAAAACAAUAUACUGGAUAUGUCAGCCUUCCCCCGUCUACAAUAGGGCCAAUUCAGCAAAACUAUUCCAUAAACACCUUCUUCUGGCUGGUGGAGUCGAGGUUCAAUCCUCAAAACGCACCACUCACGGUGUAUUUGAAUGGUGGCCCUGGGAGCACCAGCCUUGUGGGCGUGUUUCAGGAGACAGGGCCAUGCGAAGUUAUUGAAAUCGCAAAGGAUAGAAUUGGUACGCACACGAGAGAAUGGGCUUGGGACAGGAGCAGUAAUAUGCUCUACAUUGACCAGCCCGCGCAGUCAGGUUUUUCAUUUGACCGAUUACAGGAAGGCUCCUUGAAUCUACUUAAUUCGACAUAUAUAUUUCCUCCUGCUGAGCCACCUGUGAACCAGUCUCGAAUCACCUGGCUUGACGGUGUUACUUCUUCAAAUGAUGCUCAGGUCACCACAAACACUACUUCAACAGCCGCAAAGGCGAUCUGGCACGUUCUGCAAGUGCUUCUAGCGGAAUUUCCACAGUAUUCCUCAGUAUCACAGGGUACGGCGACCAUUAACCUGUUCUCAGAGAGCUAUGGGGGAAAAUAUGCUCCAAACUUCGUUUCUUAUUUCGAAAAGCAGAACGCAGAGAUAAGAGAAGGCAGACUCUCUUCCGCUGAUACACUCGAAAUAAACGUUCGAUCUAUUGGAAUUAUGCAAGGCUGCAUCGAUGACCUUGUUCAAAACCCCUAUUUCCCGAUAUUUGCAUACAACAAUACUUAUAAUGUCAGCGCAAUCACACAAGAAGAGAAGCACAGCUUUUUGGAAAACUUCUCUAAGACGGGUGGUUGUCGAGAUAAAAUUAUCGAUUGCCGAGAAGAAAUUAAUGCUUCUGAUCCUGAAAAUACUGGCGCCGUAAAUGUUGUGAAUGGAAAAUGCCUAGAGGCUCUUUCUACUUGUUUGGCGGAUACACCCAACUUAUUCUCGAAAAUCGGACGUAGCGGCCAUGAUAUCUCCCAGAGCAGCCUUGAUCCGUUCCCGCCUCAUACAUACCUUGAAUAUCUCAAUCAGGAACAGGUACAGAAGUCAAUCGGGGUUCGAAUGAAUAUCACAGACUACAGUUCUACUGUUUCAACCGCAUUUCUCAGUACCGCAGACUAUGAUCGUGGUGACUAUAUUUCCGAGUUAGCCAAGCUGCUUGAUAAAGGGAUACGAGUUGCUCUUAUAUACGGCGACAGAGAUUACGUAUGCAACUGGAUGGGCGGCCAGGCAGCCGCAUUUGCGAUUGCAGCGUCAUCUUCAUCCCUGAGCGGUUUCAACGCCGCUGGCUAUGCACCCCUCAUCAUCAACGAUACCUAUGUCGGGGGCAUGACCCGCCAGUUUGGCAACCUCUCGUUCUCCCGAAUAUAUGACGCCGGCCACUUGAUACCUGCCUACCAGCCGGAGACACUCUUCACGCUCUUCUCGCGCAUCAUCCAGGGACCAGUUGAUCUAUCCACUGGCCAAAAGGUAGAUAUUUCCACGUUCAGCACUAAAGGUGAGGCAAAUACUACAGCAACCAAUUCGGCUCCUCCGAUAGCUAAGCCGACGUGUUACCUUCGGAAGGUGAGAGAUACCUGCUCACAGGAGCAAGUGGAGAAACUAACCCGUGGAGAUGGGGUUGUCAUCAAUGGAGUUUGGUAUGAAUCCGAAUCUGAUUGGAAAAUGCCGUCUCCUACCCGAAAAGACGGGAAGGAGGGUGCAGCUUGGGCCGGGAGGGAUGGGAGUGUGGCCCAAGCCUAUGUUGCUACCAGCACCCCAUCAAUGAUAGGGCAACGCUCAGUUAAACGUUCGGAGGGGACGAAGCAAUUUGAUGCUUCGAGACUGGUUGGUUUCAUUUCAGUGAUUUUUGCAGGGCUCAAUACCGUCUCAUUACUAUCUUGA